AUGAUGCACCUAUUGAAAGGCACAGACAGCAUGAAGAGCUCGUACAUCAAGGAAGCCAAUUACAAAACGCGUGCAUUGAUGUCGAUGAUGGACGAAGACUUCCUUCGAAAGUGCCGAAACAAAGAAGGCGAUUACUAUACCAAUGUUGGAAAACCACGCGGGAAAAUCCAAGAACCGAGUGAAAUCACUGGCCAGGCGUUAGCGGGAGAAACAAACAGUGACACACAGAUGUUUCGUCAUCUUCCCACCCCAACCCAGUGCGUCACCGCCCUUUGUCCCAGCAUGUCGCCCGCCUCACAACCUCGCUCGGCCUCACCACGCCAAAAACGCGCCGAUUUUGAUCUGGAACCGAAUCCCUUCGAGCAAAGCUUUUCAAGACCGUCGGCCUCAGCGUCAAGCGGUAGGCAGGGAAAGGAGACGUCGUCGGGCGAGUCUGACCCGCCAUCAGCGGAAUCGAGCGAGAAAUCCGGGACAAACAAGUCGAGGAGCAAGUCGCCUCCGGUGGAAGAGAAGCCGGUUUUGCCGCCUCUUGCAUCCAUCUCGUCGCCGUCCGACCCGGCGGCGUACCAAUGGGGAGGCUUCACACCUGCCAUGGCCAACUCUUUGCGGGCCGGGCCUCUUUCUCCCGCUAUGCUUGCCGGUCCACAGCCGCACCAUCCGCCCAAUGAGUUCGAUCCCAACUCCUUCCGUACUGGCCUUACUCCUCGUACUGGCCUUACUCCCAGGACCGGUCUUACUCCUCUCGUCGGCGGCCCUGUCGCCUUCCCACAGACACCCGGCACUGCGGCUUUUAUGCAGCUUGUCAAUGGUCAAAAUCCAACCAUCACGCCUAACACCCUCAACGCCAUUACAGGUGCCCUCAAUGGUGCGCCAUAUAACCCCGCACAACAGAAUUCCGAAACCGGCGGAGGCGAGUACUUGAAUAGCGCGUCUACCGCUGCUACCACUGCCGCCAAUGGUCUUUUCCUUCUCUCGCAGGCCCACCAGGAGCUUACGAAGCGCGAAGAGGCUCAAGCCCGCGGGUCGUCCCCUCCCAACCAAAACAGACGCAGCGCCAAAAGAAAAAAUGCCAAUGAGGGCAAAAGGAGGAACACCCGAGGCAGGAAGAUAGAUGACGAUGACGACGAAGACGAGGAGGAGGAAGACGAGGACUUCUAUGAGCCUCAAAAGAAGCAGCAUUCCUUGCAGCCACCGCUGCAGAAAAAGCCCGAGACGGAGGAGGAAAAGCGCAAGAAUUUCCUGGAGCGCAAUCGCCAGGCUGCACUAAAAUGCCGACAACGCAAGAAAGCCUGGCUUGCUCAACUCCAAGCCAAGGUCGAGUUUCUUUCCCAGGAGAACGAGCGACUCACGUCCGCACUGGUGGCGUCAAGGGAAGAGAUAUCUCGACUUAGUGCUCUUGUCGGAGGUGUAGGUGUCGGUGCCGGUGUCACUGGUGGACCUGGCUCCGGUGUGCCAGUUAGCGUCGGUGUUGGCGUCAUCGGGGGCAAAGAAGGUAGAGCAAGCGGUGGUGCGUAUGGUUAUUAGGAUACUUGUUUUUGUCGUUAUUUUUGCUUUCCCUUGGUUUUCUUGUGUCACUUCCUACGUCGUAUGCAUACUCACACUGCUAACCGCAAAUAAAACGAAACACAAAAAUGAAGUGUUGAUGUAUUACUAUCUCUUGAUAUUUGGAUGCAGAGCUGCGGUACCUUUGGGAGCAAGUCGCGUCCUUUGGUGAUGCUUUAUGACGU